GCGCGCGUUUAGAUCAUCCGGUAUCGCUUACACUUACCGGUCAUUGUUGUCAUUCGCGAGUGCAGGUGCACUUUUGUUACAAAAAAACAUUACAAAAUUACUUUCUCUAUUACGGUUUCAUCCGCAAAAACGAACAACAUAGUAGGUCCGUCUACCCUACAUCCGUCGUGCAACCAGUUCGACCAUGGCCGACAGCAAUUCCAUACAACUCACCAGUGUGAAUAUUGAGGAGAACGGGAGUAAAAAUGGCGAAGCCAAUGUGAAUCAGGGUAAGGAACAGAAUCGGAAGACAGACAUCACAUACGGGAUCGACGAUGUCCCGCCAUGGUACCUCUGCCUCUUCAUGGCACUGCAGCAUUACUUGACGAUGAUCGGUGCCAUAGUUUCCAUACCUUUCAUCCUAACACCAGCUCUUUGUAUGGCCGAAGAUGAUCCCGUCCGCAGUCACAUCAUCUCAACCAUGAUAUUUGUCACGGGCAUCGUCACUUUUUUACAGACAACGAUAGGAUGCAGACUUCCACUGGUGCAAGGGGGUACAAUAUCGUUCUUGGUACCAACGCUUGCAAUUUUGAAUUUACCACAGUGGAAGUGUCCCGAAGCUUCGAUUCUGGAGGCAAAAUCGGCCGACGAACGGACCGAAUUGUGGCAAGUGAGAAUGCGAGAGCUUUCAGGUGCUAUCGCCGUUUCUGCACUUUUUCAAGUUAUAGUUGGAUACGGAGGUAUCAUUGGGUAUUUGUUAAAGUACAUUACUCCUUUGACGAUUGUGCCGACAGUUUCGUUGGUUGGACUGUCGUUGUUUGAAAAUGCAUCAGAAGUUGCUUCAAAACACUGGGGCAUUGCAGCAGGCACCAUUAUAAUGUUGACCCUAUGCUCUCAAGUAUUAGUCAACAUUAACGUCCCUAUACCAGUAUACAAGAAGGGGCAGGGCCUCAGAAUCUCUUGGUUUGCUUUGUUUAAGCUUUUUCCGGUACUACUUACCAUUGUUGUCAUGUGGAUUAUCUGUGCCAUUUUGACUAUUACUGAUGCUUUACCACCAGGCCAUUCAGGAAGAGCAGACACGAAAUUAAAUAUUAUCAACCAAUCGCCUUGGUUUAGAAUUCCUUAUCCUGGACAAUGGGGUACUCCAACUGUUACUCUACCUGGAGUGCUUGGUAUGCUUGCUGGUGUAUUGGCAUGUACAGUAGAGUCCAUCAGUUAUUAUCCAACAACUUCAAGAAUGUGUGGAGCACCACCACCACCAGUUCAUGCCAUCAAUAGAGGAAUCGGGAUGGAAGGACUUGGAACAAUACUGGCAGGACUUUGGGGAAGUGGUAAUGGCACCAAUACUUUUGGAGAGAACGUAGGUACCAUAGGUGUAACCAAAGUAGGGAGUCGUAGAGUGAUACAGUGGGCUAGUGUACUGAUGAUUUUGCAAGGUGUGAUCAGUAAAUUUGGAGCAGUUUUUAUUAUAAUUCCUGAACCAAUAGUUGGUGGAAUAUUUUGCAUAAUGUUUGGAAUGAUAGCUGCUUUUGGUUUUUCUGCUCUCCAGUAUAUCAAUUUGAAUUCUGCUCGAAACUUGUACAUCCUUGGAUUCUCGGUUUUCUUUCCUCUGGUACUUUCAAAAUGGAUGAUAAAAAAUCCCACGGCUAUAAACACCGGAAACGAAGUAGUCGAUAGCGUUCUCACGGUACUCUUAAGCACAACAAUUUUAGUUGGAGGAUUCUUAGGAUGCUUCCUGGACAACAUAAUACCUGGAACGGAUGAAGAGAGAGGCCUCGACGCCUGGGCCAAGGAAAUGGAGUUAAACUUUGAGGUGGCUGAAGACGAAGUGGGUGGCCUUAAGACCGAGUACGCGUACAACACUUUCGAUCUGCCUUUUGGCAUGAGCGUUCUGAGACGGUGGAAGUGGACAUCGUACUUACCGUUUUCGCCGACCUACAGGCCAAGGCCAUGUUGUUGGGGACUCCGUGCCAAAAACAAUUAAAAGAAGAUGAGAUAUGUGCGCAAUGAAAUUAUAUGCGGGAUAUUGGUGUGUGUAUGUAGUGGUAUGUAUUAUGCCGAAAGAUUGUUGAUGUCGCCGCCGCUGCCACCGGGUUACCAACAACACCACAAGCACCAGUGUAUAUAUUACCACCACACCUUUAUCGUCUCUUUUCUUCGAAAAUAAUGUCCAAUUCGAAAUGACGUAGGAGGUGCUCCGAUUUGUACGUCACAUCAAGCUUACAUAUAUAUAUAUAUGUAGGAUGAAAGUCCUCGAACUCUUCCUUCACGGAUGAACUAUCUCGUUAAACACGUAGCGUUUCCCGAUAAUUAUCCCGUACUUGAACUUCCGUACAUAGGUACUCAAGUAUUUCCUUUUACGAACACAACCGUCAACACUGUACCGUUUAUAUCUUUUUUACUCUACUUCGAUUUGUUCGGAUGUUGAAUAGAAAAGGAGGGCAACAAAAACAAUGGUUUGCGGGGUGGUAGCGAAUAAUAUCACGACGCUGUUUUUACAUGUACUUACAAACUGGACAAAUUUUCGCAGCACAAAUAACUACAACGAUUCCUCCGCCUCACUCCUUUACAUCUAUGCUUAUUCUCAAAUUCCCUUCAGUCUCUCACCACCGCGGCACCGCCAUUGCCUCUUUUAUCCAACCAGCGCGGGGCGAAGGGGGAGGAUUCGACGCUCCCUCCGGCCGCUGCGCCCCUUUGAUCGAUAUAUUACCACUUAUAGAAAUAUGUAUACAUAUAUGUAUUAAAUCACAUCUCGACCUUGCGAUUUUCGAUACAUAGUAGCUCAUUUGAAUUUUCUUAAGAUUUAAAUGACAGAGAGCAUUAAUAAAGUUAAUGAUUGUACCGGUUGUUUUGAAGCUCAAGUAUCUGCUAUUUUAAAGAUUAUUGUUGUUAAUGGAGACUUGAUUACUGUUACAGGAUUGAAAAUCGUUUAUCUCAUUACCGACUUAAUUUUUACCUACACAAAAAUAAUCUACAUAUUGUGAUCAUUAGUGUUAACAAAUGUAUCUAAACAUUACAAUGAUUAAAGCAUGUUACAAAUGUUUUGUAAGAUA